UUCACCGGACUCGUAGACGACAAUGGCGGAAUCGUCGGCCGAAGGGACCACCACUCUCUUUUCUCCCUACAAGAUGGGCAGAUUCCAACUCUCUCAUAGGGUGGCGCUGGCGCCGAUGACGAGGUGCAGGGCGAUGAAUGGAAUUCCGCAGCCGGCGCUGGCGGAAUACUACUCUCAGAGGUCCACCAACGGCGGAUUCCUAAUCACUGAAGGCACUCUGAUCUCCCCCACAGCCGCUGGGUUUCCACAUGUUCCGGGUAUUUACACUGGAGAACAAGUGGAGGCGUGGAAGAAGGUUGUGGAGGCUGUUCAUGCUAAAGGGGCCAUUAUUUUCUGUCAACUAUGGCAUGUUGGCCGAGCAUCCCAUCAAGUGUAUCAACCUGGUGGGACUGGUGCACCCAUAUCAUCAACCAGCAAGCCCAUAGCAGGGAGGUGGAGAAUCCUCAUGCCAGAUGGGAGCCAUGGAAAGUACCCGGCUCCUCGAGCGUUGAAAACCUCUGAAAUACCAGAGGUGGUGGAGCACUAUCGCCAGUCAGCCUUGAAUGCGAUUGCAGCAGGUUUUGAUGGAAUUGAGAUCCACGGUGCCCAUGGCUACCUCAUUGACCAAUUCUUGAAGGAUGGGAUCAAUGACAGAACAGAUGAAUAUGGCGGAUCCAUUUCAAACCGGUGCAAAUUCUUAGUGCAGGUGGUUCAGGCAGUAGCUGCAGCUAUCGGUCCAGAUCGAGUUGGUGUCAGAGUUUCACCAGCAAUUGAUCACCUUGAAGCCACAGACUCAAACCCCCUCAACCUAGGCUUAGCAGUGAUUGAGAGGCUUAACAAGUUGCAGCUAGACUGGGGCUCAAAGCUCACUUAUCUCCAUGUGACACAGCCCCGAUACACAGCUUAUGGCCAGACAGAGUCAGGUAGACAUGGCAGUGAAGAAGAGGAAGCUCAAUUAAUGAGGACUUGGAGAAGAGCUUAUCAGGGAACCUUCAUUUGCAGUGGGGGGUUCACUCGAGAAUUGGGACUGGAAGCCGUAGCUCUAGGGGAUGCUGAUUUGGUAUCCUAUGGUCGCCUUUUUAUCUCAAACCCGGAUUUAGUAUUAAGACUCAAGGUUAAUGCCCCUUUGAAUAGGUAUAUCAGGGCUUAUUUCUAUACCCAAGAUCCUGUCAAAGGAUACACAGACUACCCUUUUCUGAACAAAGGCAGUGAGAGCCAUGAGCCACUGUCACGCCUCUGAGGAGAAUGCUGCUAAGCAUACCACGUGUGAGUGAAGUCGAAAUAAUGUAUUUGUAGCCCUGAAGUUGAAUCGAAUGAAUAUGUUGCUAAAGAAGAAACCUCUUAUUUUAUUAAAAACAAGCUUCAAUCAAAGCAUGUAACUUAUUUGGUC